AUGGCCGCAAACAAUGUCGAAUUCCAACCUUCGCCUCUGCACGUCCCGACCGUCCACAUCACGACGCACAAUGCCGCUGGACUUGCCACUCUUCAUAGUUCAGAGAAACCCAAGGCAGAGCCAUAUCCAGCGCACAAGUUCUCUUCCACUACUUUGUACACCACCUCAGCCAUGCCCCCCAAUCUCAAUGAUGAUGUCGACCUCAAGCUGCACCAAGAUGUUGUUGCUGGUGGCAAGUUGGGAGUCGUCCAACCGAAGGGAACAGUCCUCCGCUAUGCAGAUUUUGCGCCAAGCAGCGUAGGGUUCAUGCACCGCACGCAGAGUUUGGACUACGGCAUUGUGCUGGAGGGUACGGUGACUCUCGAACUGGACGAUGGAAGCACAACGACUCUGACACAAGGAGACGUGGCAAUUCAACGUGCCACAAUGCAUGCGUGGAGUAACCCGAGUAAGACGGAGUGGGCGCGCGUGUUAUUCGUUCUGCAGGACUGUGAACCUCUCAUGGUCAAUGGAAAGAGGUUCAAGGAAGAACUUGGCCAUGCCGCUGGAUCUGUGCAGAGCAGUGGUAAUGAUAGAGAAUGA